AUGAUGGAAGACCAUCGCAGGUAUAAAAAGAGAGGAAAGCAACGCUCUUUGUAUCUUGUUAGCAUUUUCUGCAUCAUCUUCCUUGCUACGCGACCGAUACUUUGCAGGACCCUUGGUAGCACGAACUCAAAGUCGAACAAUUUGGAGUAUGAUUCGAAUAUUCAUGAAAAAUGUGCUCUAGGCAACCCACUACCAGAAUCAUUUGCUGGACAAGAGAGAAAGCCACCCGCAAAAGUGGCCAUCAUCGGCGGAGGUAUCGCCGGGCUAUCUACUGCAUAUUUCCUGCAGAAUGACGAAAGACUAGGGAAUUCCACCCAAUUCGCAAUAUUUGAACGAGAGGCUCGACUAGGCGGGCGGAUACGUACUGCUAAGGUGUACGGGACUGGCUCAGAGGUUGACACCGGUGGACACACCUUCGACAGGGAUGACGAUUUGAUAAGCGAACUUGCUCACACAAUAAAUGUUGAUACCGUCAAGGUGAGAAACCUUUAUCAGUAUGAGGACCAUAGAUUCCGAAUCGCAGAAGCACCUGGCGCGUUAGAUCGGGCCAGUCUCUGGGACGGUCAAAACCUCAUGAUCAAUGUGGCGGAUGAGCCACCUCUCAACUGGCCUUCCUUGAGACGAAUUUUGAGACAGGAUGGCCUAAAGCCUCGCUUCUGGAUAAACCUCGGCCGUACACUUUGGAAAGCAGCUACUGACGAGGAAUUACGAACCUCCCUCGAUUGGGCUGUGUAUGACAACCUCCAGACAUACCUAGAAAUGAUCGUGUGGGCAGCUGCAUGGGCACGACCAGGACCACAUGAAGCAGAUCUAAGGCACUUCGCAGAUGCACAUAGGAUCAGCUUGAAACCACAAAACUUCACCAUGUAUGGAAAUGGGUAUCUCCUAUCGCAGCUAGCUAGUCAUCUUGGCCGUGAUAAUUCCUUUUCGCUGAAGCUGGGAUCUACCGUGACACGGAUUGAGAGGCAUCAAGAUUUCAAUGUCUAUUGGACUCAGGAUUCCGAUUCGGGGCUGGAGGUUACAUACUCUGAGAGAUUUGACUAUGUGAUCAUUGCGGCUCCUUUCUUUCACAGCAAUAUUAAAAUACAUCCCGCUCCAUCCGCUGUUCCCCAAGAAGUCGAAUAUCAGCCUCUACACGUCACGCACUUCAUUUCCCGAACUGCGUUGGAUCCUCAAGCCUUCCAUCUUCCGCUUAAAACCGAAGUUCCUUCGACGAUCUGGAAUACAGAGAAAUCGACUGGAGAUGAUAAUUCUCCCGCUCCUCCUUUUAUUUCGAUUGUCCAAGAGUCUAGUCCUAUGUGUUCAGGCUGCGUAUGUAGCUCAGAACCCAUAUAUAGAGUCAUUUCCAAAGAGAACUUCUCAGACUCUGCCGUUGCUACUUUAUUCAGCAAGAAUGGCAAGCCUCGAAAAGAAGUUACAUUUCCAGAUCAGUGUUGUGGGAAGCUAAAGCAAUUUGAGGGGUACGCGAUUGGCGAAGAACCAGCAUGGGAGGACGAGGACGAGGAGGUGCGUUGGCCAGGCUGUGUGUACAACCCAGAUAUUAGGUGGAUCCAUCGAGAGUUUUGGUCCAAGGGUAUGCCUGUUAUUCAGGGGAACAUGCCAUUGGGUGAAAGAGUUGAGCAGAUGGAGUUGGCACCGAAUUUGUUCUACGUUUCUGGAUUCGAGGGUCAGGAGGGCGCCUCCAUAUCAGCAAGUGUUCGGAACGCGAGGAAAGCGAGUAACUUGUUGACUGAAAGGUACGGCCAUCACCACAACGCUAUUGAAUCUUCCCACUCUAUUCAUUGCGGUUUUGGGUAA